AUGUUUAAUCACCUUGAAUCCGGAAACUGCCCAUCGGGAAUUGAGCAUGAUGAUAUACUAGAACUUGCAGCGAAUUUUGUUCGGUCAUACAAGCCUGAAAAGGACUACAUAUUCUUCUGCUAUGGAUGCCAAAAGCCUUUUCGACGAAUGUGUGAUCUCUUGCAGCACUCGGAAACUAGCUCCUGCAACGAAGGGUACUGGAGGGGGUCUGGACAUCUCGGCUCGAUGGUCACGUAUAUUGCAACCUGCAUUCCAGAUUACAUACCAGACCCGGAUGAUAAUGAUGAUAAUAAUGAAGGAACUCAAGGCAAAGGCAAUGAUACAACUCCUUAUCCAGAAAUCAGCAUCCCAAAAAUCGUCAUUACAGGACCAACAUGA